AAGGAGUCUUAGAGACAGCCUGCCUGCCCCGUGUGUGUGUGUGUGUGUGUGCGCGGUAGAGCCGGGGGGAAGUGAGGCUUAGAACCCUGGAGCCGACCGAGCAAACGGCAGCAGCUUUGCUAACCCUCAGCGCCAACAUGCUGUACCUGGAGACCGCUGCCCCAGCGUCCUACAAUGAGUCCCAGUACACAAACCUGGGUCUUCUGAACAGCAUGGACCAGCAGAUACCCACCAGCGGCUCGUCCUCCACCAGCCCCUACAACAACGACCACGCCCCGAACGUGACCGCACCGUCGCCGUACGCCCAGCCCAGCUCCACCUUCGACGCCCUGUCCCCGUCACCUGCCAUCCCUUCCAACACCGACUACGCCGGACCCCACAGCUUCGACGUCUCCUUCCAACAGUCAAGCACCGCCAAGUCAGCCACCUGGACGUACUCAACGGAGCUCAAGAAGCUCUACUGCCAGAUCGCCAAGACGUGUCCGAUCCAGGUGAAGGUGCUGACGAAUCCUCCGCAGGGGGCCGUCAUCCGCGCCAUGCCCGUCUACAAGAAGGCGGAGCACGUGACCGAGGUGGUGAAGCGCUGCCCCAACCACGAGCUGAGCCGCGAGUUCAACGACGGUCAGAUCGCCCCCCCCAGUCACUUGAUCCGGGUCGAGGGAAACAACCACGCCCAGUACGUGGAGGACUCCAUAACGGGCCGCCAGAGCGUGCUGGUGCCCUACGAGCCGCCCCAGGUGGGCACAGAGUUCACCACGAUCCUCUAUAACUUCAUGUGCAACUCCAGCUGCGUCGGGGGCAUGAACAGGCGACCCAUCCUCAUCAUCGUCACCCUGGAGACGAGAGAUGGGCAGGUCCUCGGCCGGCGCUGCUUUGAGGCCCGUAUCUGCGCCUGCCCAGGACGGGACCGCAAGGCGGACGAGGACAGCAUCCGCAAGCAGCACGUGACGGACGGCACAAAGGGUGGCGAAGCGUUCGCCAAGGGCUCCCAUGGCCUCCAGCUCUCCUCCACCAAGAAGAGGAGGAUGACGGACGAGGAGACCUUCUGCCUGGCGAUCAAGGGCCGCGAGAUCUAUGAGAUCCUGCUGAAGAUCAAGGAGUCCCUGGAGCUGAUGCAGUUUGUGCCACAACACACCAUCGAGUCGUACCGACAGCAGCAGCAGAGCCUCGUCCAGAAACAGGGCUCUAUGCCAUCCCAGCCCGCCUUUGGCUCCAGCUCGCCUCCUCAUGGCAAGGUGAACAAGCUGCCUUCCGUCAGCCACCUCAUGAACCCCCAGCAGCGGAACUCGCUCACGCCGUCCGGGAUGGCAGGAGGCCUCGCCGACAUUUCUCCCAUCAUGGGCACACACCUCCCCAUGGGAACGGAUAUGAGCUCUCUGAGCCCCACCCACACGCUGCAGCCGCCGCUGCCCAUGGUGCCCUCAUCUCACUGCACGCCGCCUCCUCCCUACCCCAUCGACACCAGCAUCUCCAGCUUUCUGGUGCGGCUCGGCUGCGCCGGCUGCCUCGAGUACUUCACGGCACAGGGCCUGUCCAACAUCUACCAGAUCGAGAACUACUCCAUGGAGGACCUCUCCCGCCUCAAGAUCCCCGCCGAGUUCCAGCACAUCAUCUGGAAGGGCAUCCUGGAGCACCGGGAUGCGUCAGACUUCUCGCCCCCAGCCCACGUCCUGCGGGCGCCCGGCGGCGGAGGCGGCGGUCCCUCGGCCGUGGCACUUUCCGGCACAGAGGCGCGGGGCGAACGCGUCAUCGACGCUGUACGCUUCACUCUCCGGCAGACCAUCUCGUUUCCGCAGCGCGACGACUGGAGUGACUUCCCUUUCGACGUAGACGCCCGGCGCAGCAAACAGCAGCAGCAACAGCAGCAGCAGCGCAUCAAGGAGGAGGGCGAGUGAAAAGGCCCUGCCCCCCCCGCCGCCCGCCACCCGCUGCCCGCCGCCCGCCACCGCACACCUUCAUUGAGCCCCGCCUCCAUUGAGCAAAAACAGGAAAAAGAAAGAAAGAGUCGCUGAAGAGAUGCACUUAGCCCAUUUUCUCCUGGCUUUCUACACCCGUGUUGUUCGACACGCCUCGUCUAUGGCGGACCGGCGAGCGGCGGUCGAUGCGUCUCGGCUCCCCAUCCUGAGACAGAGCACUUGCCGAAGGCCCCGCCCCCUGUGCCGCUUUGGGCCGAGACGCGGUCGGCCCCCCUGCGCCGCUGAUCACGGAACAAUUUUUUUAACAUCAGGACUACGACACGACUGUACUUCCUUCAUCUGCUGUGUUCUGAGCUGUACUAUGAUCAAAAGUGUUCAUCUGUGUUUACCGAGGUGCUGUGCCCAAGUUUCAUUGUAAAAAUGCGGUUUUGGAGUGUUAAUGUCUGUGUAGAUUCAUGGUGAGAGUGUUAUUCCCCUUCGGUUACCUGACAUGACCUGUCCACAUCCCAGGUUGUGUGUGUGUGUGUGUGUGUGUGUGUGU